CAGGAGCCCGUGCGCCCUCCGCGCACCAUGAAGGUCAAGGUGAUCUCGAUCUUGGAAGAUAACUACAUGUACCUGGUCAUUGAGGAAAGCACCAAGGAGGCGGUCGCCGUGGACGCUGCCGCUCCCAAGAGGUUGCUGGAAAUCAUCAGGAAGGAAGGUGUAGCCCUGAAGGCCAUUCUGACCACCCAUCACCACUGGGACCAUGCCCGAGGGAACGAGGAGCUGGCCAAGCUGUAUCCAGACCUGUGUGUAUAUGGCGCUGACGAGCGGAUCGGGGCCCUGACGAACAAGGUGACUCACAAUGAGGUGUUAAAGUUUGGAGACAUUAAUGUGAGAUGCCUCUUCACCCCCUGCCAUACAUCGGGUCACACGUGCUACUUCAUGUGGGAAGAUAACUCCCCGGAUGCGCCGGCGCUGUUCUCAGGCGACACCUUGUUCGUGGGCGGCUGCGGGCGGUUCUUCGAAGGGACGGCCGAGCAGAUGUACAAAAACCUGAUGGAUGUCCUGGCGGCUUUGCCGAAGGAGACGAAGGUGUUCUGCGGGCAUGAAUACGCCGUCCGAAACCUCAAGUUCGCCUCGAAGGUGGAGCCAGAGAAUGAAAACGUGAAGAAGAAACUUGCGUGGGCCAAACUCCGCGAUGACGAGGACCUGCCCGCGGUGCCCUCCACGCUGCAGGAGGAGUUCCAGUACAACCCCUUCCUGCGGGUCUCGGAAGAAGCCGUGCAGAAGUUCACGGGCAAGACGGAUCCGGUGGACGUGCUGCGCGCUCUCCGCAUGGAAAAGGACAACUUCAAGAAGCCCAAAGAGCGGCUGAACCCCCAGGCCAUGCUGGCGUUCGAGUGGGGGCUCUUCAGCCCCUUCCUGGAGAAGAAGUGAAAUGCCGCUGGGUUGCUCCCGUCGUUUCACUUGAGAGCCACUGGAACGUAGGGUCGGUGCUGUCGAGAGGCAGUGCCCUAUGGGGGGGGGAGUUCC